AUGGACUUCAUCAACAAGAUCGCAGGCGAUAAGAAGGCUGGCGACCAGGCACAGUCUGAAGGCCAGAAGCAGGAGUCCAGCGGUGGAUUCAUGGACAAGCUGAACGGCAUGGCUGGUGGCGGCCAAGAGUCGGAAAAGAACGAGGAUGCCCUCGACAAGGGUGUCGACUGGGUUCAGGAGAACGUCCUUAAGCAGGGCGACCAGAGCAACGAGAGUGCCGCUGAGCAGGCCAAGGAUGAGCAGAUCUCGGACUUCAUCCGCGGCCAGUACAAGAACGCCACCGGCAAGGACGUGCCAAUCAAGGACAAGGAGAGGUUCUAA